AUAUAAACUUUCCUAAUGGAGGUAGGUCCUAUGUAAACUGGGUAAGAGAUGUAGCGACUCUACAAACUACUCCCUGGCUGAUUUGGAUCCCACAACAUCCGAACCAAGAAGCCCUCUUGUCAUGCAGAAUAGCUUGGGGUGCUCUGAUCAACACAGGGAAGGCUAUGAAGAUCUGACUUUUUCAAACACCUUUUGAAGUCUUCUUAAAAUGAAGCAUCAUAAAGGAGACUGGAAACUGUGGACCCCAUCAUCGGAAUCCUAGCUGAGAAACAACUUGUAAUGGAGCCUUCAUCUCUUGAGUUAGCAGCUGACACGGUGCAACGCAUUGCAUCUGAACUUGGAUGUCUCCCGACAGAUGAGAGGGUUGCCCUCCACCUCGAUGAGGAAGAUAAGCUCAGGCACUUCAAGGAACAUUUUCAUAUCCCCAAAAUGCAGGAUCUACCUGCAGUUGAUUUAUCUUUAGUGAAUAAAGAUGAAAACGCCAUCUAUUUCUUGGGAAAUUCUCUUGGCCUUCAGCCAAAAAUGGUUAAAACAUAUCUGGAAGAAGAACUAGAUAAGUGGGCCAAAAUGGGAGCUUAUGGUCAUGACCUAGGAAAACGUCCUUGGAUUACAGGAGAUGAGACUAUUGUAGGCCUUAUGAAUGACAUUGUAGGAGCCAAUGAAAAAGAAAUUGCCCUAAUGAAUGGUUUGACUGUUAAUUUACAUCUUCUGCUGUUAUCCUUUUUUAAGCCUACACCAAAACGCUAUAAAAUUCUUCUGGAAGCCAAAGCCUUCCCUUCAGAUCAUUAUGCUAUUGAGUCACAGCUUCAACUUCAUGGACUUAACAUUGAGAAAAGCAUGAGGAUUAUAAAGCCAAGAGAGGGUGAAGAAACACUGAGAACAGAGGAUAUUCUUGAAGUAAUUGAGAAGGAAGGAGACUCGAUUGCAGUGAUCCUGUUCAGUGGGCUGCAUUUUUACACUGGACAGUUCUUUAAUAUACCUGCCAUCACAAAAGCUGGACAAGCAAAGGGGUGUUUCGUUGGCUUUGAUCUAGCACAUGCAGUUGGAAAUGUUGAACUCCACUUACAUGACUGGGGAGUUGAUUUUGCCUGCUGGUGCUCCUACAAGUAUUUAAACUCAGGAGCAGGAGGUCUUGCUGGUGCCUUUGUCCAUGAAAAGCAUGCCCAUACAAUUAAACCUGCGUUAGUGGGAUGGUUUGGCCAUGAACUCAGCACCCGAUUUAAGAUGGAUAACAAACUACAGUUAAUCCCUGGGGUCAGUGGAUUUCGAAUUUCAAACCCUCCCAUUUUGUUGGUCUGCUCUUUACAUGCUAGUUUAGAGAUCUUUAAGCAAGCAACUAUGAAAGCAUUGAGGAGAAAAUCUAUUUUGCUCACUGGUUAUCUGGAAUACUUGAUCAAGCAUUAUUAUAACAAAGAUAAAGCAGAUACUAAGAAACCAUUUGUGAACAUAAUUACUCCAGCCGGCAUAGAGGACCGCGGAUGCCAGCUUACACUAACGUUUUCUGUUCCAAUAAAAUGUGUUUUCCAAGAACUAGAAAAACGAGGAGUGGUUUGUGACAAGCGAGAACCAAAUGGCAUCCGAGUGGCUCCAGUUCCUCUCUACAACUCUUUUCAUGAUGUUCAUAAGUUUAUCAGUCUCCUCACUUCUGCACUUGACUCUGCAGAGAUCAAAAAUAGCAGCGUUUUCUAGAACAACUUCAGCAAGUGUUACUGAAAGUUUCUAUGGUUAUUUUAUUAUUAUUUUCAAAUUUUAAUGAUUAGAAGUUUUCCAAGACUGAUUACACAUACUUGGCAAUGAAUUAUAUAUGUUACAGAAAAAUCUGAAAUAUCUUUUCCAAGAGUCUGUGAUCUGAGGAAUCCACAUGUCUGUCCAAUUUCUUCAUACUUGGUGGAUCAAAGUUUUACUGGUCUAAGUAUUAUGUACACAAUCUUAGCUGUCAUAUUUCGUGGUCAGUGAAUGUUUUAUGUUGACUUAAUUUAUAAUUUGACAACUUCAUAAUAUGUGUGCAGUUUUGUGUCAAUUUUAGAAAUGUUACUUUAGUUUUAAUUUACCAAAGAGUUUCUUAUAGUCACUAUAAUUUCACAGUCUGAUAGAUGCAUGAUUUUGCAGUAUUCCAUCCAACUCUAAGGAAGAAAAAAUAUAUUUUCUAGGACAGUAGCUUUCAAAUAUUUUGGCCAUGGCCCACACUAAGAAAUAUAUUUAAUCUCAGAGACUAGUAUUUAUAUGUGUUUAUACCUUAUUUAUUGAUUCUAAUAUACAAAUUGUAUCAUAUUUUACCAUCUGUGAAAGAAUUUAUUUUUCAGUUUUUAGUCAACAAUUCUUAUAGUUGCCACUGACCAUUCUGUCAUGUUACCAUCUCUGGCAUCAGCAUGCUUCUCACAGUGAACAGAUGAUUUUUAAAAAGAGGCAUCUAUAGAAAAAGCAGAAGUGUCAUAAAUUAUUGGUCUAUGCUCUACUAUUUAUUAUUCACUUUCUCUUAUUACAGCAAGUGUUGGUUGAGACUUAUUACAUUUAUUUCCAAGCUAACUCUUGGGUCCUAAUCCAUUUUACAAAGUUGUUCCUUUAUUUGAAAGUACCGUAAUUCCUUAUUUUUUUAAUGGGGACUUGUGCUGAUAGAAGUCUGUCCAUGGUACCUGUCUCUGCAGUGGUGAAACAAGUCAUCCCGAGAUACUUGAGACUAAGAAUUAGAAUUAGUAAAUGAGUGCUUCAUAUUUCCCCUUCUGACCCGAAUCUAUGGGCCAUUCUUUCCACUAGGAAACUACAGUCACACUCAACCCUAUAAAACUUUCCUGGUUUUCAGCUGUUGUUGCUACAGCUACUAUUCAUGAAUUGGCAAAGUAGUCUACAUUCAUAUACCUGGGCAGGAAGAAGGAAUGACUACAACAUAAUUAGUCCCCUGAUGAACAAAUUUGAAUGAAAUUAACUUAGACAACCGUUAGAGUUAAAUAAAAAGAUGCAGAACUGACAGCAGUAUCAGCACCUACGGUGAUAAAUGUAUUGAGUACUUGCCAUGUACCAUGUAUGGUGCUGAUCUAUUCAUACUUAUCUUAUUUAUCUUAUUUGACCCUGCACAACUUCACAGAGAAGAAAUCAUUUUGAGUCUCAUAGGAGUAAGCAAAACAGACAUGGUUUCAGUUAUCAGGAAACAUGCAGCUUAGUGGGAGAAAGAGGUAAUAAAACAUACAAACACCCAAGUAAAUAUAUGAUUACAAACUAUAGAUUUUAUGAAAGAAAAACAUGAUACUAUAAGAGAAAAAUCUCAAGCGUAUUAAUUAGAUGGCCAAGUAAGGGUGUAUAAAGGUGAUUGUAAGUUUCAAGUUCUUAAAUACCAUGCAAAAAAAAAAAAAAAAAAAGAAAGAAUUCUUGCUAAUCACAUUAAAAUCACAUCAAAUUAUGUAUACAAAUUAUUCAAAGAAUAAUCAAUACUAUGUCCUCAAUCACACAGGCUAGGAAGCAGAGUAUUAGAAAUGCCGUUUUCCCUGCUUGUAUUCCCCUUCCUCCCCAAAUCCAGAGAUAACCAUCGAAUAAUAUUUUGUGUUAAUCAUUCCCUUAUUUUCAUUGAAGGUUUAUAUCUAUGUAUAUGCCCAUAAAAAUACAUUAGCCAA